ACACUGGUGAAUCAAAAAAAUUAUGAAGAAGCGGUGAAAAUUUUUCUGAAAACUCGUCCUACUCUUCUGCGGUACAAGGAUGUCGCAUCAAUAUCCAAUAUAUACGACGAAACAGUGAUUAUCAUGAAUUUUGUUGAGCAAGAACUCAAAAAAAUCGUCUGUGGCUGUAUCAUUUCAUCGGAUAAACUUUCGGAAGCGAUUACGCUGUUACUAAAAUUGGGUGUCCAGUCGUCAGCGGUAUACAGUGAUUUUUUGGCUAGUUGUCGGCGAAAUUUGAACGAUCAGCUUUCGACGAUACAGUCACAAAAACAGGUUAGUUUUUUGGGGGCUUAG